CUCGCUGUUCCUCAGACACCACAAUCUCACCACACUCGUUCGCAGCUGUGAUUCACGAUGGAUGUCUUUUGGACGCUGCCGCCGGUCUCUAGGACCAUCACGGCACUUUCUAUAGUUGUAUCAGCCUUGGGCUAUGGUGGCAUCACCAACCGCUACCAGUACAUCUUUGCAAGCCACAUGGUCUUCACCACAAAGAUCGUACCGCAAAUAUGGCGCGUCUUCACCGCGUUUCUCAUUACGAAACCGAAGUUUGCCAUUCUGCUAGACCCAUACUUCCUAUACCAGUACGGCAGCGCCAUUGAGCGCGAGUCGUCGCGCUUUGCGCAGCCGGGCGACUUCUUCAUGUACACUAUGUUCGUUGGCUCGGUCAUAGUUGCGCUUGCAGGUGUCAUCCUUGACGGCUACACGUUCCUCCCCGCGCUCUCCCUCGCAUACGCAUACACGUUCGCCCAAGACAACCCGACGCGUCAGGUCAACUUCUUCAUCGUGAACUUCGACUCCAAGUACCUGCCCUUCGCUAUGCUGUUCAUGACCUUCAUCAUUGACGGCCAAGGCGCUGCGCUCACCCAGCUCACUGGUCUCGUCGCCGCACACUUGUACGACUUCCUCACACGCAUCUGGCCGACAUUCGGUGGAGGCAAGAAUUACAUGUUCACACCACAGAUCGUGAAGCGCUGGUUUGGUGCCACGCCAGGGACGGCGCAGAACAGGGGAUAUGGGUACGCUGUGCAGGGUCACGGGCGCGAGGCUGGAUCAAACCAGCCGAGUACAGGGCGCAGUACAGGUGCUCAGCUCGGCAAUAUGGGCCCAGGCCGCCGUCUCGGAGGAGAGUGAUGCACAUGUGUUGUACAAGGGCAAGCUGCGAUCACCUACGGAUCGCGCAGUGGGGUGAAGGCUGGAUUGCCUGACGCUCAAGAGAAGGCUGGCGUACUUGGGAAACAGUUUGUUAGCCGAAAAAGUAGGAAAGCCGAUCGUAUACUAUACCAGAUACAAGACCCAUGCAUAACAACAUCUUCCCGCAACCUUCACAAAUAAGCUGAAAAAAUCGUUAGGCUUAUCAAACAGCUC